GACCCGUUUUCCCGUUUCCAGUUCCACUUUUGUUCUUCAAAUUCUUGUGAUGCCGUUAAAGAAACACAAAUCGUUCAAACAAAAGCAAUAUCUCAAUAAUGUGGACAUUCCGCUCUCCAAAUCGGGCGCUAAAGUGCUGAAAGCCCCAAACGACGCCCAACACGAGGGCUCGCAUCCACCUCCGAUCGCUCGCUCGAUCCUCAAAAACGCAGUACCUACCGCAAACCAGCAAGCGCCAGCGACUAAUAAGUACAAACAACCGGAGCUCCACUCGACUCUGGGAGUGAGCAAACAAAUAGAAACAGUUCGGAGAACACACACAGCACCCAUCACUAACAUCGGACAACUUACGCCACGAACCAAGAAGUUCGUCAAAGCUCAGAUCACCAAAAAGCUGAACCACCAGUACGACGAGCGUACCUUCAAGGCACUAACGCCCGUCAACGUUAACGAUUCUGUGCUGCUCCCGGAACCACGGGUUGCUUUGAAGAAUCGAACCAAGUUUCACGAUAAAAAGGAGACGACACGAGAACCGGUGCUCAGCGACUAUCUGAAACCAAUUCCUCGCUUCUCGCACGAUUUUCAGCCGUACAUUCCAACACUCCCACUACCACGUGCAGCCGCAGGCGAUGGGUGGAACAAUUUCGAAAAUAUCAUGCGCGUCUUUGCCCUGACCGAUACCGAGCACUAGCUGUGGGCUGCUUCGGAAGGAAAGCUAUCGCUGGCCAUCUAUAAGACUGGAGAGAUAUGGAGAACACGAAUGUAACGCGUAUUGAGCAUUUUUAUUAAUUCCGUUGCGACUGAGAUAGCCUGCUUGCAACUGGGCUUUUGGAUAUAACAAUGAAUCUAAAUCGUUCUUUUGGAAAUGGGACCUGCUCCUAGGUUUGUCCCCUGCGCUGUGGGAGUGCAAUCUAUCAUUGAAUGUGAAUGUUUUGUGUAAUUCAUGUCUUCAAAUAUAAUUUUGUUUUCGAGUA